UAUUGCAUGAGCGAUUUUGCAAAGUCAUGAAAUCCACGAAUAUCGCUUCUGCGGCCGCAUGGCCGUAGGUACAAACCUAAGAAUAAAUUGAACAUAUGUGUAGGUAGUUAGAGCAAUUUUAUUAUAAAUGGCAAUUUUCUCCUCUCGUUCCCGGUCUACGACACGCUUUCAGCAGGCCCCACGUUGAAUGAACUUGAAUGAAAUAUGCAUACGCGCGCACAUGUGUGCCGCGAGUCUUCAUUGAUUCGUGCGACGGUUGCUCUUGUUAGCUGACUGCCGAGUAACGUAGGAAGCUCAUGUUCGUUGUCAUCCAACCGUGAGCCAGAAAUCGCUGCGAAGCUGUCAGCAUUAUCUAGCUAAGAGCAGGAAGCCAUUACGUUUACCGACGUCUGACUCGACCCGCUGGCAGCCACCGUCGUUGCUAGCGGUGAAUUCUAUUCUGGAACUCAUUCUCAGUCGUUGAUUGCUGGUUGCCAUGACGGUCGGAGUCAUGGCUGUGAUCAAAACACAAACAAAUUGUAAACCCACUAAAGUCUACUCGAGUCGACUGCGAUUUGAAGUGCCACGUGUUUACGCUAGUAACAUCGAAAUCGCAGAUGGUUUUUUAAAAUUUUCUUCAGCUGUCACUCACCACGUGCGUGUUGGAGUCAAUCGCCGACGAUGCCAAAACGUGACAAUAGCAUUGACAAGUAUACCAGAGAAAAGGAUUUCAGUCGCAGAAAAUGAACUGGAACCAGUGCACAAACCAUUACGUUACAGGCGGUUUCACAGGACAAGACGUCAUCCAAAAGUCAACGGUGAAUUUGAAGAAUUAAUUGAUAAAAAUGGAAAUAAUAAUGAUAGCGUUGCUCUGCCUAAGAAAAAUAGCAGGCAUAAUGUUCAAAAGAAAAUUGACAAAUUAGCUGAGGAAAAUCGGAUAUUGACGAUGAAACUGGAAAGUUCUCAUAUAAAUCCUGAAACUAUUGCGGAAUUGAAAGAAAAAGAUUCCUUAAUGUCAAAAAUUUGCAACAAAUACCAUAAGUUGUUAAAAAAUCAUGACAGUCUACAACAAGAAUAUGAGAAAUUAAAUGCUCUUUUGGCAGAGCGUGAAACGGAAUACCAUCAAUUACAUAUACAUCACAAGGAAUUUAUAGAAGCUUUACAAAAAGCAGAAAAAAACAAUUCCAAUCUUCUAACAUUUAAUCAAAGAUGCAAGGCUGAAAAUGUUCAGCUGAACGAAGAUGUACUACUUCUUAAGCAUGUCAUAUACAGAUUGAAUGCAGAGCUUGAAAGAUAUCAAGAUAAAUUAAAGGAAUCUGGACAAAGUGUUCUAUCUAAAAAUAUUAGUGACAUAUUAGAUUCUAAGAGACCGACAGAUGAUAUUAAAACGAUAUCAGAGUCAUGGGGUUCUGUGAAUAUUCAUGCAUUAGGUCCGCUUUUAGACGCUUAUCAAGAGAGCCUGUUGGAGAAACAAGAGCUUGUAAAUAAGUACGAAGAGGACAUCGCAAAUUUUAGUAGCAGAUGCAAGGAAGUUAUCAUGGAGAAUGAAUGCAUGCAGAAUGAAAUGGAGAAAUUGAAAUCGAAGUGUGCCAGGUAUGCGGAUGAAAUCAAGAUGAUAUCCGAGGAUGCCGACUUGCUCAAGGAAUUAAACGAGUGUUAUACGAAACAGACUGCUCAUCAAAAGCAAAAGAUACACGAGAUCCAUUCGUUGUACGAGCAGAAAGUGGAGGUGAUGUCAUUUGACAAUAACAGACUUCACGAACAAUAUCUUGCUUCAAAGACUGAAUUAAGUAAUCUCCAAGGGAAAUAUGAUAUUCUUAACAAGGAGUAUGAAAAGUUGCAAAAUGACAAUACAAAAACGAUACCCAUCCAUGUUCACAACGCUACCGUCGAGGAAUGUAAAGAUCUCUUUGAGAAGCUGAAGCGUCAAUAUGAAACUGAGAGGGAAAAAUUAUCAACUCGUAUUAGAGAAUUGGAAGAAUCUUACGGUCAAAGUAAAACGCAAUUGAAUGUAGUCACAAUAGAAAGAAAUCAAUUGAAAACAUUGAAUAAAAGCUUUGAGAAACGCUUGAAGCGUAUGCAACGAAAACUAGAGCAUUUUCAGAAAAUUGUCCAUUCCAUGCAAAUAUCUCGAGAUUCUUUCAAGAAACAGUUAAGGAAGACAACAGUGUAUUGCGAAGAGCUGUUCAGCGAAUAUGAAAGGAUGGCCGCCGAACGGGAUAAAUUAGUUACACUUUUACAUGAAACGGAAAAUGAGAAUGCAAGUAUUCAUUUUCUCGGGGAUACUAUUACUCAACGAGUAGGUCACUUAAAGGAACAAUUAAAGAUCAUACACGAAGGUGCGAAGCAACAAUUAGCAUUGGCGGAGAAAAAUAUGAAAGUGCAACAAGUCGGAGUGCACCGGAUGAAGGACGAAUAUCAUCGAGAGGUGCAACGUUUCAAGCAUUUACUGAAGCAAAAAGAGGAAACGAUCGGACGACUGCAGAAAGAGAUCAGCGCGACUCGCGAGAACUUGGAACUCGUUUGGAAAGUAACUGCUACGGACAAUAAGAAAAUUAAAGGAGCGCUGAAAAACGCAAAGAUUCAGCACGUUUAGCAGAGCUUAUAAAUUAUCUACGAUGGAAGUGUGCAAUAAAUAUAAAUAAAUUCCGUCCUAAUAUGCAAAAAGCGUGAUAAAAAAGGAUUACCGCCGGUGUAAAAUUUCCUAACGCUUAACUUAGAGAUGUCUCAUCGGCUAUAAACGGAAACUAGUCAUUGUACAAUAUAUAUGUAGCAUAAAUACGUGGAAACUAA